AUGAGGACCGCCUUCGCCGCCCUCCCCCUCGUGGCCGCCGCCCACGCUGCCAUCCUCGACGCGGCCUCUGUCCACCACAAGUCGCACGCAGCACAAUCCAUUCAUUCGGAGUCGAUUCCCGACUCGUACAUCAUCAAAUUCAAGGACCACGUCGAUGACUCGGCUGCCGAGGACCAUCACAUUUGGGUCAAGGAUGUCCACAUGGGCGGCGGCCAGCAGCGUUUGGAGCUCCGAAAGCGAGGCGUCGACGACUCGGUAGCCGCCGACGUCUUCACUGGAACCAAGCACACCUAUAAAAUCGGCAACUCGUUCCGCGGCUACUCAGGCCACUUUCACCAGUCCACCAUUGACGAGAUCCAGAACCACCCUGAUGUCGAGUCUGUCGUGCGCGACACGCUGGUUCACAUCAUGCGUCCUCUGGAGUCUGAGCCUGCUCACACCCAAGAUAAGUGCGACGGUGACACCGAGAAGCAAGCUCCUUGGGGUCUGGCCCGUAUCUCCCACCGUGACAGGCUUAACUUUGGCUCCUUCAACAAGUACCUCUUCACUUCCGAGGGAGGCGAGGGCGUCGAUGCCUAUGUGAUUGACACCGGCUGCAACACCGAGCACGUCGACUUCGAGGGUCGUGCCAAAUGGGGCAAGACGAUUCCCCAGGGUGAUGAGGACGAGGACGGCAACGGCCACGGUACCCACUGCUCCGGCACCAUCGCCGGGAAGAAGUAUGGUGUCGCCAAGAAGGCAAACGUCUACGCGGUCAAGGUCCUCCGAUCCAACGGCUCGGGCAGCAUGUCAGACGUGGUCAAGGGCGUCGAGUUCGCCGCUACCCGUCACAUUGAGCAGGUCAAGGAUGCCAAGGACGGCAAGCGCAAGGGGUUCAAGGGCUCCGUUGCCAACAUGUCCCUCGGCGGAGGCAAGACGACGGUUCUGGACAUGGCCGUCAACGCUGCCGUCGAUGCAGGACUUCACUUCGCCGUGGCCGCCGGCAACGACAACGCCGAUGCCUGCAACUACUCGCCCGCUGCCGCCGAGAAGCCUCUGACGGUCGGCGCCAGUGCCCUCGACGACAGCCGCGCCUACUUCUCCAACUACGGCAAGUGUACCGACAUUUUUGCCCCCGGCCUGAGCAUCCUGUCUACCUGGAUCGGCUCCAAGCACGCCGUCAACACCAUUUCGGGCACUUCGAUGGCCUCUCCCCACAUUUGCGGCCUGCUCGCCUACUACCUCUCCCUCCAGCCCUCCCACGACUCCGAGUUCUCGGUGGGCGCCAUGACCCCGAAGAAGCUCAAGGCCGACCUCGUCUCCAUCGCCACGCGCGGCGCUCUGACGGAGAUCCCCGAGGAUACGCCCAACAAGCUGGCCUGGAACGGCGGUGGCUGCAGCAACUUUUCCAAGAUUGUCGAGGCUGGCGGCUAUGAGGCCAAGCAUGCCCCGUCGGUUGUUGAGGAGCUCGAGGAGGCGGCCAAGGAGCAAGUCAAGCUCGUCUCUGACAAAUUUGCCAAGGGCGCCAAGAAGUUUGGCACCAAGGCCGAGAAGUUUGCCAAGAAGAUUCACGAGGCUGUCGAGGAGGAGAUUGAGGAGUUUCUCUCUGAAAUGUCCAACUAG